AUGGGAGCAGGGGAUUCGAUGACUGUUCAGGUUCUCAACCUUUCUCCAAGAACAACUCUUGCAGAGUUGAACACCUUCUUCUCUUAUUGUGGAACUGUUCGUCAAAUCCAGCUCUUGAGAGUUGAAGAUCAAUUACCAUAUGCUUUGGUGACUUUUGGCCAGCCUUAUGCUUUUCAAACUGCUCUUCUCCUUAAUAAUGCUAUCUUUGAAGGCCAACCAAUUUGCAUAUUACCUGCAUGUGCUACAAAAAUUCCUAUAGUUUCAGGAGACAUUGAUCACACCCAGGCCAAAAGCCAGGGGGUCAUCCCAGAAGCCAAUAUGCUAAGAAAAAAACAAGGAAGAUCUAGAGAAGUUGAAGCUGUCGGAGAAAGGCAGAGUGCUCAUGGGACAAACAAGAUCAGCAAUUUAUGUUGUCGAGCAGGCAGCCGGGCUCACGGGCACUGCCAUUAUGAACAAUAA